GGCCUAACUCCGGUAGAUACUUCCGGGAAAUGAAAAACGACAAGGGAGAGAAGCGUCUCUACGAUCAGAAAGAUGUUCUGACAGCACAAUAAAUAGUUCCGAAUAAUCUGCUUCCAAAAUGUGCAGUAUGUAAGAAGCCAGUUCACGGGCGACGUUAAAAGAAAAAAUGUCGCAACAGGCCCAGAGAGCGCUGCCGCAAAGCAAGGAAGCCCAGCUUAGAGACUACACUAUGCGACUUAAAAAUAACAUCAAAGCCAUGUUUGAAAAUUUCACAGAAAUCAUCAAACUCGCUCGAGUUGAGGAGGAUGGCCAGUUGCUGCGUGCAACCCAGAAUGAGCAAGAUCAUUAUGAAAUGCAAGUUCGUUCAGCUAAUAUCGUACGAGCAGGAGAAUCACUGAUGAAGCUGGUUUCCGACCUCAAACAGUUUCUUAUUCUUAACGAUUUCCCGUCUGUUAAUGACUCAAUCACUGCUAAUGUGCACUUAUAUAAAGAAAUGCAAAGUGGUAUCGACUCCAAACUCAUGCUGUUGCGAGAUGAGAUGGCGGCCGACCUCUUCGAACUGGAAGAUGAGUACUAUUCAUCAUUGUACAAAUGAAAGCAAUAGAUGGCAUGCCAGAUUUUUCCAGUGACAUUUGCAUACGCUAAGUUAUCAUCUCAAUUUACAGUUCAGAACUUCCUGCUCAGCCACAGAGUAAAUGUGUUUUUUUAAAUAAAUGAUUAAGUUGUCAAGAGUUAAAAUUACAUGCAUUUUGUUUUCUGCAGAUGAAAUGGAAAAAUGAUGACUGUUAGUGAUGUAUGAAAAAUGUGACUACUUUUUUAAGUGAAGUGGCUUCUUACUUUUCAAAACAAACUGAUGCCAACUGUCUGUAUACUUUAUUUCCUGGCUGUUUAUUUUCCUUUAUCAUGGACAUUGUUUGUAGUACAUUUAAGGGGUUUGCAACUUUGUAAGCAUGGGUUUGGGUAGAUAAGUGUGUCUGCAAGAAAGCAAGUUGCAGGGAGAGUUUAAUGAGUUUUUAGAACACAUGCAUAGCUUAUGAGAGUUUGUAAACAUCUAGUUAUACAAAAACGCUAGUAUCCUUAUGACUCCAGUAAAAUUAUGUGGCAGCUAUUAUACACAUUGUUCAAAUAGAGUUCCUUCUUUCAUUAAACAUUAAAUUCAGGUUUUUUGAGGAAUGAGACUUGUUUGAUUGACAAAAAACUGGAAAAUAAGAUAAGGAAUUAUUACAGUGAUGCUGGUGAAAGAGCUCAUGAUGAACAAUUAAAAGGUGAAAAAUAUA